GAUAGUAGAGAUCUAUAGCUGAAAGGAAAAAUGGCACGGAGAGGCUAUUCCAGACCCAGAUUUCCGUCCCCACACCCCAUUAAAAUCAACCUAAUCCUCAUUUUUGCUUUCUUCUUUUUGGUCUUCAUCUUCCACUCAAGGCAAUGGCAUCUCCCCGACGAUGAACAAAAGCAACAAACUUUCUUCCACAAUGGUUCCCAAACUGAUCAGAUGGCAGAUGCAGACCUUUGGGAUGCUCCUCAUAGCUACGGUUUACGCCCGUGUGUCAAGCCAACUUCUAGAUAUAAAGCUGCCACUGGAUGGGACCACUACAUGACUGUGAGAAGUAAUGGAGGACUAAAUCAGAUGCGAACAGGCAUUGCAGACGUGGUGGCUGUGGCACGCAUUAUGAAUGCAACCUUGGUCAUUCCUCAAUUGGAUAAACGUUCAUUCUGGCAUGACUCAAGUACAUUUUCAGAUAUAUUUGAUGAAAUUCACUUCAUUGAAACUCUACGAGAAGAUGUCAAGAUUGUCAAGGAGCUCCCACUGGAAUUGGCGAAUGUUCCUCGUGCCAGGAAGCAUUUCACGUCCUGGGCUAGCACCAGUUACUACGAAGACAUGACACAGCUAUGGAAAGAAUAUCAGGUGAUUCAUGUUGCAAAGUCAGAUUCUCGACUUGCAAACAAUGAUCUUCCUCUUGAUAUCCAGAGGUUGAGAUGCCGUGCCUUAUAUCAUGCACUCCGUUUCUCUCCCCCAAUUGAGAGCUUUGGAAAGAAGCUGGUGGAGCGGCUUAGAGCACGUGGGGGAAAAUAUAUUGCUCUUCAUUUGAGAUAUGAGAAAGACAUGUUGUCUUUUACUGGUUGUUCCUAUGGUUUGACUGAGGAGGAAUCUGAGGAGCUACGAAUAAUGAGGGAGAACACAAAUCACUGGAAAGUCAAAACGAUUAACUCUACUGAGCAGAGACUAGGUGGCUUCUGUCCACUAACUCCGAAGGAGAUCGGCAUAUUUCUUCGAGCUCUCGGUUAUCCACCAUCAUCGUUAAUAUAUAUUGCAGCGGGGGAGAUCUAUGGUGGUAAUACUCGCCUUUUGGAGCUCACAUCCCGUUUUCCAAAUAUAGUUUUCAAGGAAACACUUGCGAGCCAGGAGGAACUAAAGGCAUUUACUAAUCAUGCAUCUCAAACUGCUGCUCUUGAUUAUGUGAUCUCAGUCAAAAGUGAUGUGUUUGUCCCAUCAUAUUCUGGUAACAUGGCAAGAGCUGUUGAGGGCCAACGCAGAUUCUUAGGUCAUCGCAAAACGAUCACUCCAGAUAGGAAAGGACUUGUUGAAGUUUUCGAUAUGCUGGAAAAUGGGCAACAAACAGAAGGAUCUUCGUUAUCACAUAUUAUAAAGACCAUGCACAAAAAUAGGAAAGGAGCUCCAAGGAGGAGAAGAGGGCCACUGCCAGAAAUGAAAGGUCGAGCACGAUUAAGAACUGAAGAAUCCUUUUAUGAAAACCCUUACCCCGAGUGUAUAUGUGCCCCGAAAAAGCACUUAGGUUGAUUAAAUAUUUAACAUGUCCAUGUAGAUUCAGUGUAGAAUAUGUAUUAUGCAUUCAAUCUUUUUGUUAUAGAACUUGUACAACAUAAUCAUUGUUGUAUACAUUUAUGCAAAGUUUUGUUGAGCCAAACUGAG